GGAUAAACUGAUGCAUUUUAAUGUUCCUGUAUUUGUUAAAGGAAGUGGUUAUUUUUCCCUACCACUGCCCGGCUAGGUUCGGAUGUUACAUGAACUUGCCCGAGUCUAGCCUUGGCCGUGAGCUGACGUAUAAAUAGGCUGGUAAAGAAAGUGAAAAUAAUAAUCUUUCUCCGAUAGUUUAAUAAAAACCAAUACACAGUUAAAGCAUGGGGAUUCUGAAGUACGCCAUUUUGGGUUUAGUAGUGGCGUGUGCAUCAGCCCAGUCUUCGAAGCAAAAAACGCAGUCCACUAAGCCGUCAACUGUAAAGAACACAUUGCAACAAAGAACAGACGCAAUAAAACAAGACUAUGUACCCAUAUAUUUAUACGCAAGAGAGAGCUCGUUAGAUGGUGAUUACAAUUAUAGAUAUGAGACUGCUAAUGGUAUUUAUGCUGAAGAACGUGGGGAGGUUUUAAACAAAGGGGCAGAGAACCAAGCGAACUCUGUCGUGGGGUCGUAUAGGUAUAUAUCCCCGGAAGGCACCCCCAUCGAAGUUACUUAUACAGCAGGGGUUGACGGAUUCAGAGCUUAUGGCGCACAUUUACCUGUAGCUCCAACAGCUCCGACUCUCGUCAAGAAUUUAUCAUUCAGACAAAACCCCGCUUCAGCACCGUUUUCUCGACCACAGUUUAGAUCAGUAGAUACCGGAACGCCGGUCAUUCCAGAAGUGGAAAAUAAACAACAAGUCAUUGUGACUGAUGUGGUACAGCCACAGCAGAAUCCGUUUGAUGUCUCUGGAAAUCACCCUGGACAGAUUCAAUUAAGAGAGCCCGAUUAUCAGCAACAAGUGAUAUUAAAUGACCGUUCUGACGUAGACCAGCGGAAGUCUUCUACAGUGGUAGCAACUACAGCUAACAAAGAGGGAAAUCAACCUGGAGGUGUUGACGGUAGUGAUGCAAUUGGACAACCCGUUAAGGAUCAGUCAAUUCAAGAACCCGUUCUUAAACAAAAAAUUUACAUUGGAGCCGAAUUUCAAAGACAGGUAACUCCUGCUCCAGAAAAAAAGUUUGAAACAUUCUUAUCUACUAAGCGAACUAUAACUGAACCACCUAGAGAGGAAUUUCAAAACACUGAUGUGAUUAAACCCGAAAAACCUUUUGAACCGAUUAGAUCAACCGAGCGCACUGUGGCGGAACUACCCCAAGUCACCAUUCAAGGAGCAGCAAACAUUAAGACCGAUCAAAAUUACGAACCAUUUAGAUCCAUCCAACCAGUUAAUACCGAGCAAACUAAUGCCGUGUUACAAGGAGCACCAAACUCUCUACCUGGUAAUAAAUAUGAACCCAUAAGAUCAGCUCAACCGAUUAAUGUAGAGAAACACCAAUUCGCGCCACAAGAAACACCAAAUUUUCAAUUCAGCCAAAGUUUCGAUCCUGUAGGACCUGUACAGCCAGUCGUCAAUGAGCAACCCCAAGUCGUAUUCCAAGGAGGACCUAGCUCUCAGUCUGAUCAACGAUAUGAACCGUCCAGACCUUCUCAACCAACAGUUUCAGAUCAUCCUCAACUUGCUAUUGAACAACCUCAAUUAGUUCCAGUUCUUCGGCCCACAAACUUCCAAGAUGUGUCGUCUCAAUCGAAGAUAGCACCGGUACUUCAGAGAGUAAAUUCGUUAGGCAAUCCACAGCGAGUUGGUGGAAGGACACCUUAUGGGGUUUCUCCGCAGCAGACGGUGCAAUUCAAUCAACAACGCUCAGCUGAACUACCAAGUCAAAUUAGCGUGGAACCUCAACUAUUAUGGCUGUUACAACCCGGUCAACCAGGACGGUACUUUCAAUAUCCUAUUAUGCAUCGUACACUUCAACCACCACGAUACUAGUUUAUAAAUAUGAUAAACAAAUAUAGAUUUAUUUAUAAUACAUUUAAUUAAUUAUCUAAGUUUAGUGUAUUACAUGCGAUAUCAUAAUUUUAUUAUGUAUGAAUUAUAUUUUAUGAAAUUAAUUUUAUCAUAAAUUAAUAAAUUUGGUUGCUUUAUAUAAUGUAUGGUCAAUGGACACUUGAUAGUCUGUUCCGUUGCUGUAAUAACAAAUGAAUGAUCUGUGGGUACCUUUCUACGUUACGUUAA